AUGAUAGAUACAAUAUUGAUCCUACCGCUGAUAUUCAACGCCAAAAUCCGGGAAGCUUGCCAGAAAGCCAUGGAUUCCUUUCGCGAAAAGAACGCUAUCUGUGCUUAUAUCGACGAUUAUUCAGGCGCCAGAUGCGUAAAUACCAAGGCUGGCCACGCAAAAGGUCAUCAGACCCAAACUGGAGCUUUUAUGAGAUCAGGCCCCUACCAAGAAGAAGAGUGCAGCAUCAAUACAGAAUUUUUCAUGUCUUCAAUCGAAGAUUACAUCAAAUCCUUAAUCCAAAAGUUCACCGCCGAAGCACCCGCAGAUCAAGGACUCUGGAGGAAGCUUGCUGCAGAAGAACAUCGCAAAAAUAUUCGACGAUUGAGACUUGAGGGUGCCUAUCCGAAACAAGGACGCGCUGAGAGAGACGACCCCUUUACUAAAACUUCUGUUUGCUACGGCUGCCUUUUCCGCCACUCCGAAUACUUACUCCCCUGUGGGCAUACCGUUUGUGAGACAUGCAUUAGGUCAAAUAGCGAAAUCAACGACCAGAUGAAGUAUACUGGGAAACAUAGACUUGGUGGGUGCGUGAUCUGUGGUACCUCAAUAGGGUCGCAAUGGCCAUACGAAGUGAGACUUCGCCCCCUGCUCUCUGGUCUCCGAAUUCUUUCUCUCGAUGGAGGAGGCGUCCGUAAUAUAGUUCAGUUGAUCACGCUACGAAGACUUGAAUCUUUGAUUGGUCUUGACUUGCCAAUUGGACACUUCUUCGAUUUGAUAGUUGGGACAGGUACAGGCGGAGUCAUCGCUCUCGGCCUCGGAGUCCAAAACCGUUCUGCGAAGAGCUUCGUCAAUGGAUUUAAGAAUAUCUGUGAAGCCGGAUUCGCGGGCAAACAUUAUAAUAAGAGCAAUAUAAUGAGCUUUCUCAGUUGGAUUUCGAUGAGAUCUAUUUAUUUCACAGAUAAUCUUGAGAAUGCACUCGAAAAACAUUUCCAGAGAAGGGUGGACGGGAAAGUCUUUGGACUCCAGAACCAUUGUCGAGUGGCCGUAACAACAACAGUGGAACCGUCAAGUGUCGGGUUGAUAUGCAACUAUAAACGGGGUGGAAUAGGAAAAUACUUGAACUCAGAUCUAUACCUUUCACAUGCCGCAAGAUGCACAUCUGCGGCCCCGCCGUAUUUCCUUCCUAAACAGCACGGAAGUCUUUGUCGCGAUGGCGGCCUUAAAGAGGGUAACCCAAUUCGACUCGCUGUCGUAGAGUCGAAAAGCAUCUGGGGUCAGAACUCGAGUUAUGAUGUGCUUGUAUCCGUGGGGCCCGGCGUGGCCUCCAAACCCCAAGAUAGUUUCAUAUAUAAAAGACUCAAGGACAAAAAAUGGGCAAGGGAUCUCAUUGAUAGCUUCUUGCGAGAUAUGAAUGGAGAGGAAGAAUGGGCCAAGUUUAGAGAAUCUACCGAAGAACACAUCAUUGGAAGAUCGUCGAGACUUAACAUCUACUUUUCUCAAGAAGUUGAGCCCGGUUUCGAUGAUGUUUCGAUGAUGGAGGAAAUGGAAUCUGAGGCACAAAGGUACACAGCCUUCGAAAAACCAAACCACGGAUCUUCGUUUGCUCCCAUUAACGGUAUACCCCGUAUAGAUGUUCUCGAUACACUUGCAGACAGGCUCCGAGCAACUUUGUUCUUUCUCGAGGUCGAUUCGAUCGAUACAUCGGAUGUGUUUCUCAUCAUUAUAAAGGGGGUUAUUCGAUGUAGACUCGGGCCUGGAGAUUCAGAAUACAGCAAAUUGCUGGAUAUGGUUUCUUCUUUCAGAGUCGAGCAAGAAAUCCUUCAUAAAAUCCCUUCUCCCCAGGAAUAUUUUGGUUUAAAAAUUCAGUUUUCCCAUGAGUCCAUUGAAGAAGCCAUUCGCAUUGAUGUUAACUUUGGGAAAGAACACUGGGUAGCCAUUAGCGGUUGUCCAAUUACAAUCAAGAAAAUAAUGGAAGAAUGGGACCACAUCGGAGCGCAAGAUGACACCGGUACGCAGACCCCGCGAACAGAUGACGCUAGCGAAUCGGGGUUUGAUGGACCUCCUUGA